GCUUCUUACGUCUGGCCUCACAAACAACCUCGAGAACUCCUUUCGUGAGAUAGCGAUGUCUUCCAACCUUUCUGUGCUCACCAAAUCGCACAAGAUCAUUGCUUCUAAAAAGCGUGCAAGAAGGGAACAAAUCAAGGAGGUUGUCUUUGACGAUGAUGCCAGGAGGGAAUUCUUGACGGGAUUUCACAAGCGUAAAGUGGAGAAGAAGGAGAACGCCAAGAAGAAGGCUCAGGAGCGAGAAAAACAAGAACGGUUAGAAGCGCGGCGAGAGAAACGGAAAAUGCUGGCUGAACAAGCUGUUCAGAAUGCACAGGAGGUGGAAAAGGCCUACGGUGCUAUUAUUGACGGUGAAGAUGAUUCUGGUACAGCCUUACCCGCCACUCGCAGUAAGGGUAAACAGAAGGCGGAGAUUGAAGACGAAUAUGAAGACGAGGAGCAACUGGCGACGGUGACGGUUGUCGAAGAUUUUGACCCUGAGGCCCUUUUACAUGCGCCUGUCCCUACCUCGAAACGGACAGACGUUGAUGGCACUGACAGAUCUUCAUUGUCUCGUCGACAGCCCGAGGUCAAGCCAAAAUCUCAUGUGACACCGUCAGUGGACGUGAAGAAAACGCAUGCGAAAGUUGCUAAGAAGGCCAAGGAUAUCAAGUACCAGACAAAAUCUGCAAGAAACGCUGAAAGGACGAAACAGCGAAGAAGAAAAGUCGAGAAAGCUGAGAGAGCUGGCGGCAAAGCCUCAAGGAAGAGUCCAAAAGGCCGCAGCAAACGGUGAGGUGACCGCCAUGCACGGCUACACUGCUCGGGACCACUUUCACCAUCUUUUACUGCAAGAUCACGUACAACCUCCUUUCCUACGCUCUUAUUCCGCUCAGUAUCUUGUUGUAUGGCGACGCUGCUAGCAUCAUUCAAUUGAUUCUUUCGUGCUGAUGCACGAGGCCGAAUCAUGCAGAUUCAGUUGAAGAUCUACCCGGAGUGCCUGAAGCCCUCACGACUUCUUCCAACCUACCCACACUACAUAUGGUUCCUCCAACAUCCCAUUCACAUGGAAUACUUCCCAUACUCCGCCUCCGCUUGCCGCUAGCCACAGUUCAAGGAAUUCCCUCACGACGUCUUCUGCUCUAAGUUCCACUACUACUAGCACUGCGGUCCGCUGCGGGGUGCUGAGAUGGUCUAUCGUUUGCACAAGUGCAGGUAGGAGCGAAGGAUGAUAGAUACAAUCCACCACCAGUAGGAGAUCUAUAGGGUCAUACGAGAAGAGCUUUUUACGAAUGGAUGAAUUGCAAUUGUGCAAUGCGAGCCAGUCUAACGGUUCCGCAGUGAUUGUUCCUUUCGCAUUC